AUGCUCAAUUCAAGGGAGAUUUCUACAACUGAUGAUGCCAAUGAUAUCGGCUCUGAUCAUGAGACUAAUACUAAUUCUUCUGAUAUAGAAGCGAUGGAUGGGACACCAUCACUAGAAAUUGCCUCAGCAUCACCGACAAUAUCGACAUCAACAAAAUCAGAUACUAUAAAUCCUAGUUCAACUGUAUCAAAAACUGCUUCUAAUCAAUGUGAUAAUCAAGAAAGCCUGUUAAAUUUGCUGAACUCUAAUUUUCUCGCUUGUUCUAUUUGUAAUGCACGAAAUGGUGGGAUAAGGCUUCUACCGUGUUUACACAUAGCCUGCGACAAUUGUGCUUCCGAGUUAAUCACACCCGGUGAUGAUCAGAGCAUGAGUACAAUAAUAAAAUGUGAUGCCUGUUGUACAGCCGGUAUUCAACUAAGAAAACAGUACAAUCCUGAAGGUAGUAAUGGUGCUGAUGCGACAACAGAUAGUAAUAAUAAUGAUGAUAAAUACAUAACAAUUCAACAUUGCAGUAGUUUAGGCACAAAUUCAGAAAUCAAAGUGGAUGAGAAAGUAAUACAACAGUUUCCAAAUGUAUUAUUUGUUGAUAAACUUCGAGAGCUAGCUAAUUUACUAAAACAAGAUGCAGUACAUAAAUGCGAUUAUUGCAUGUUUGAAAAUCAAAAUUCUGAAGCCCACUGCAGAUGUAUUGAAUGUGGGGACAAUUUGUGUGAGCCAUGCGCACAAGCUCAUAAACGAACUAGAAUAACACGAUUGCACACUUUGCUUUCAUACGAGGAAAUCUUAGCCAAUGGUUAUCUCGUACGCAUGAGAGAAGCACCACCAACUCAAUGCACAGAACAUAAUUUUUUCGAAGAUAAUCAUGACAGUGAGAAACUGAUGAUGAACGGUGAUCACAAAGUAUCAAUGACUAAGUCGGAGUGUAAUAAAAUUUCCAAUGGACAUCAAUGUAAAUGGCCAUCUCCAUCAGCUUAUUUUUAUUGUAAACAGUGUAAUAAACUUUUAUGCACUGAAUGCAGUGGACAGUUUUUAAUGUCAUCUAGGAGUAAUACUCAUGGAAGUCAUCUGAUCUUACCCCUUGACACUGUAAUACAUGAAACUAAAAGUGAAAUCAGUGAACAGAUUGAUCGUGUUAAACGGAAAAAUAAACAUUUUGAAGAUUAUUUAAAUCAUCUUGUACAAUAUGGUCAUGAACUUAAUCAAGCAAAAAUGAAUAUCCUUCAACAAAUUCAAGGUAGAUCUGAUCAACUUAAACAAAAAAUUGACCAGAUAGCUCAGAAACUUAUCAGUCAACUUGAUAAACAAAUUCAAGAUGAAAUGAAAUUGAUUGAUGGAUGUGCAUGGUCUUUAUAUCCGCUAAUUGUUCAAUGUGAAGUAGCCAGUAGAUAUGCUAAUGCUCUGAAAGACUAUGGAAGACCGGAAGAGAUACUUCUUUGCUUAUCUCAAGUGACGGAACAACUACAAUUUUUACAACGAGAAAAAAUUGAAUAUCUCAAAGUUCAUAUAAAGCCACACUUUAAAGUUGGUAAUUACAAUUACAAUGAAAAUGAAACAGAAACCACUAACCAAUCAUUCAAUUCAUCUUAUCUAUUUGGAACAAUUGAAUAUGAUAAAUUUGUUGAAGAAUUUAUAAAAAAUGAAGUUAAUAAUGCUAAUAAAAAUAAGACAAAUCAAUAUAAUGAACUGAAACUGGAAUUGGAUAGUUCAUAUUUAAAUAUUGAUCAUAUAUCAGUCGGCGUAAACACUAGUCCAAGAGAAAUGACUUCAAUAUCCAGUUACAAUCUUGCCGACAGAUUUAAUAAUAUUCAUAGUAACAGAAAUAAUGACUCAAGAGGAUUUAAUUCUGAUAACCAUCUCAGAAUCAACGAAAAUUUUCGUACGCCUAGAAAUGGAUACUUAUCUAAUAAUAUAAAAGAUAAAACUAUGAACAAUGAAUGCGAUUACUUGUCAAAAUAUCAGCUGGUCAAUGAAUUAGAAUUUGAUGCAAGAGUUAGUUCUGAUUUACGAGAUGUUUGGCCGACUGGAUUAUCUGUGAAUCAAUCCAAUGGAGAUAUUUAUCUUGUGGACAGAGAUAAUGCCCGAAUAAAGCUUUUCACACAUGAUGGAACAUUUAUUUCAAGUUUGGGGGAUACAGGUGAAAUGACUGAUCGAUUGAUAAGUCCAUUUGAUAUUGCAGUAUCAUCCACUUGGGGGACAAUAUUUGUAUCUGAUUAUCAACGAGAUGAGGUCCGACUAUUCACUUUGGAUGGACGCACACAAGGUUCAUUAACAAAAACAAAACUUAAACAUCCACGUGGUUUAUGUUAUGGUCUUGGAUUGCUAGCUGUUGUAGAAAGUCGACGGCAUCAAAUUAGUCUUUAUGAUAUACGUAGUGAUCCACAAUCACCUGUUCGUCGAAUACCAGCUGAUAGUACAGGAGAUGAGAAUUCGAAUAAAUUUGUUUUUAACAGUCGAACCUCAUUAACUGAACCUUAUUAUGUAGAAAUUCUUGAAGAGAGUGGAGGAUGUCUAGCAAUUACUGAUUGGGCUGCACCAAGUGUAAAAUUAUUUUCCCUUACAUCUGGUUGCUUUCUAUCUUCAAUCGGUGGUUAUGGAACUACAAGCGAUAAUAUACUACAACCUUAUGGAAUAUGCUAUGCACCAUGGACUCGAUCAUUUCUGAUCGCAGAUCAUGUAAAUCAUCGAAUACAAGCAUGUCAGUUAAGGCAUAUCAUCAAUAGUGAAAAUGAUAAUGAUUGGACAAAUGACCUAGUGAAGACUGUAAAACCAUCUGGAGGUUGGAAUGAAACGCUGACCGGUGGUGGUACGAAAACCUCAUCGACUAGUUUAUCUCCACUGAAACCGAUCGCUGAAAAAGGAUCACAUUCAAUAUGGCAUCCAAUGGCUAUGGCAACAGAUGCACAAAGAAAACGUAUAAUUUUAACUGAGGCAUUAGGAAGUGUGAAGGUAAUCAAAUCAGUGGAAGUAAAUCAAUAGUGGCAAUGCUGUUAUUACUGCCUUAGUAUGGUUAUAUGGAGGAAUAGGACUUUUUAUAUUCUUUUGUGUGAUCCGGUACUUUUGUAUUCUUUUUCACCUUGUGAAGAAAACAGUGACGUCUUUGUAUGCAUGAAAUCAAUAGAC